GAAUGAAAGGGAGAACGUUGACUCCUCUCAUGGGUAACUUACCUACUGAGCGACUGGAGCCCAGCUUCCCAUUCAUACAGUGUGGAGUUGACUAUGGGGGCCCAUUGUUCAUACUGGAUCGCAAAGGCAGAGGUGCUAAAUUAAUUAAAGCAUAUAUUUGUCUAUUUAUAUGUUUUACGACUAGAGCAAUACAUUUAGAAUUAGUAGGUAGCUUGAGCACGCAGGAUUAUAUUUUAGCAUUAAAUCGUUUUAUAGCACGACGCGGAAAGCCGUACCAAAUAUUUUCAGACAACGGGAAAAAUUUUGUGGGUGCUGAAAAAGAAUUGGCAGCAAUUUUUAAUAAAACUAAAGAUAUUUCUGAUUUUCUAACUAAUAACCAAAUUCGUUUAACAUUCAUACCCCCCUAUAGUCCUCAUUUUGGUGGGUUAUGGGAGGCAGGAGUCAAGUCCUGCAAGUACCAUUUGAGACGCGUACUCGAUUCUGACGAUUUCCUCCCACUCACUCCAGCACACUUCCUGAUCGGUCGACCGCUGACUGCGCCUGCCUGCGAGAACCUCACGACGAUCGAGCCUACGAGACUGGGACGCUACGAACGUGUGGAGCAAAUUAGACAACACUUUUGGCAACGAUGGUCUAAAGAAUAUGUUUCAGAGCUCCAGCAACGAACAAAAUGGAAGGACAACAAUGAGGACAUCACACCUAAUAUCUUGGUCCUUAUCAAAGAGGAUAAUACUCCACCACUCAACUGGAAAUUGGGACGAGUAACAGAAGUAUUCCCCGGGACUGAUGGAGUAUCCCGUGUAGCUGAAAUACGUACAGCGCACGGUAUUAUACGACGGUCUUUCUCGAAGAUCUGCCCGCUGCCUGUACAACUGUGAAGACGAAUAUGUUGGAAGAUCCUGGUUCUUCCAAGGCGGCCGGUAUGUUCAAUAAUAUAUCAUCCGAUGGUCGAUAACGCCAUCUAGCGAAAGAGUGGCGUAACGGAAGCAGUGACGUGAACCCCGCGCAGUUUGCAGCAGCGUGACGUCGACACCCGCAUCGCCGCGCCGCAUCUGGGGCAACUUCACU